AAUGGGACUUUGUGGUACAUAGGGGAUCUAUAUAAUGUUUCAUACUGACAAUCGACUAUUCUUUUGUUAUAUGCAAUGAUCUAAUGCAUUUAAAUCUGAAGUAUGGAAAUAAACUGGAAUAAUACACAUGAAAAUGUAUGGAGAUCAAGAUAAACAUGAUGAUGUUUAUGGGCAGUUGAUGAACGAUGUUGUUGCAUCGGUGCAAUCAGAAACUAUAUCUGAAGAAGCGGAGCAUAUUCGUAGUGCAAUACAUUUCUAUAUAAAAAAGUGGCUUGAUGAAGUUGAAGAAAUUAAUCCUCUGUUUAAAGUUAAAGAGUUAAUUGGAGUUGGCAGUUAUGCUGAGGGAACAAAAAUACUUGAACCAAAUGAAUUUGAUUACUUAGCUGUUAUUGAUGAGUUCUCCAAACCAGGUUUGCUGAACAUAGAUAGGGACGAAUCAAACUUCUAUGAAGGAUUAGUAAAAGUCAAAGUGAAAGACGAUGAUCUUAAGUCUAGAUGUAGUGACCUCUGUAAAAGUGGCCACCUUCAGUGUUUUCAGCCUAUAAACUUUCCAGGCCUGGGCGAACAUCGAUUUGGUCAUGUUUUUAUUGAAGGUUUCAGAAAGUAUGCAAAGAAAAAUGAAUUAAGAUGGGGACCAGGAACAGGUUCACCAACACAUUGGACAGGUACAAUCAAUUUACCAGCCGUAAACAAAAUAUCCCUUUUGCUUGAGGGAGCUGAUUACACCGUACCUUAUGUUCUUAUUUAUUUUAAAUACAAGGGCAGACAAUUAACAACUGAUUUGUCCCCAGCUAUUAGAUAUUUUAAACCUGAGGACUGCUUUAAUGUUAAAGACUGUGCAGGUCCAGUUUUUGCGGAACUUGUUCUUAGUCGUGAAUCCCUACUCCUGAUAGGAACACAACAAGAAUCGGAUUUUAAAAUAACAGUCACCGAAGCUGAGGUUGAAUACAUGAAAAGCGUGAUGAAACCUGAACACAAAACUAUCUAUAUUUUUUUGAAAUAUGUAACAAAAUUAUACACGGACAAAGCAUAUGCUUUUUUUAAUCCAUUUACUUCAUAUAUGCUUAAAACGGUAUGUGUACAUCAUGAUGUCUAUUGCAUAGCUGACAAGAUAUCAAUGAGACACUGUUUAGAGUCAGUGAUAGAUGAUCUAAUGACAUGUGCUCAACAAGGGUAUGUUAUUAGUAUUGUAGACAAGCAUAUUCACAUCGAUUCAGGACGCAAGCACCCCCAGAUCCAGGAUUACAGAACAAGUAUGCUAACAGACAUGAAGAACAUGUGCAAAUUGCCUCAAGGUAUCAAAACAGUUGAUGCCUUUAUUGAAUUAAUUGAAUAUUAUGUGCUGAAUGAGAAACAGAAAAGAGAUAAAGAACGCAAUGACAGGCGGCAACGAUAUAAAGAAUCGGAAGAUCGGUUUUACGAAAACAUUCAAAGGGAGGUUUCGAAGUUUACUAACAUGGGUUUUGAGAAAAACGAAGCGGAAAGUGCUAUGGAAAGGGCUUUAGAUGACCCUGAAUUGGCUUUGUUAAUACUUAAAUAUGAAGCUGAAAGGCGAAAAGAGAAGAAGAAGCAAAUUGACUCAGAUGUCAUCCCUCAAAAACAGUGUUCACCAACUCAGGCGCUAGCUAAUGUUCCUUCUAUUUACUGCCAAAAUUCCACUGACACAUCAGUCAAUUUAACAGACGAGUCAACACGUGAUACAUACAUUCAACAGAGCUCUUCUACUCCGAUAAUGGAAGAACUGAUAUAUGAACGACAAAAACCUUAAUAAAAACAAUGUGCUUGUUCAAUAAUCAAAUUGCCAGUUGAACAUAAAGUGUCCAAAUGUUAGGCGAAACUUGUGUCAGUUUUGUUAUUGACGAUAUCUUAACAUUCUAUGCGACGCUCGCUUAAAUUGUAUUAGAAGUGAAAAAAUUAAGGUACCCAUUUACAUUGAUAAAGGUACAUAUCAAUAGCUGUUUGACGUCUGACGUAUGUGAUAUAUACAAUAUCAAAAAUAAACAUUGAGCAAGUUAAACACCACGUGUCAUGUAGAUGACAAUGGAAUUUUACUAAAUAUCAAAACUAUAGUUAUAAAUAUCUAAAGUAUUAGAGCCUAUCGGGAAACUAUGUCAUUCGAACAUUUUCACAUCUGAAAUAUUUUCAUCACACCUUUAUUACGAAGGGUCAUGUUAAAUGCAAUCUUCAAUGUAAUUUUAUCAAAAUAAAAUCUCGUUACUUUACUGAACAAAAAUGAAAGUCUGGUUUUUGAAAGUGAAGAAUUGAAUAAAUUAAUGGAACAAAAUGCGACAGUUCUUAUCAAUGAAAUGACAUUCUGAUUAUCAAAACUUAUUGGGUCAUAAAGGAAGUGUUAUGUAUAAGCCUGCAUUUCCUGCAAAAUUUCUUUGACAUAUUCAUUAAAGUUUAGGUGCAGAACAUUUCGACUAAAGAAUUUUACAUUUGGUUCAUUCAUUACAAAAUAUACAAUUUUCUGUCGAAUCUGUAACAAAAGUACGAUUUUGUUAUAAUUAGUCAUUUUUUCCGUUAAAUUGGGCUAUAACAUACCUUUUGUUAGCUUUACCUUUUAAGGCAUAUGCCAACAUCGUUUGCCAUCGCAUUUCACCAUCGUAAAUCGCAGGUAAGGACAAAAUAAAAUCACGAUUGUCUAAACGGAACACCAUACAAACGUAAUAAAUUUAGUGUGAAAAUAAUUGUCUUUUAAUACUAUACUAUUUUCAUAAUAUACAACUCAAAAUUUGCGAAGGAUCACC